AUGAAGCUGGUUGUUCUUUGCCUUUUUGCAGUCUGCUGCUGGUCUUUGGCCAACACAACAACUACAGAAGGGCCUACAAGAGGCCAAACUAGAAAAUUACAAGAAGUUCUGAGGCAGCUGAAUGAUGUGAGAGAAAGCCUGCAGCAGAAUGACACGAUGCUGAAUGCGCCACCAGAGAAUAUCGAGGACUGCUGCUCUCUGACAGCCUUGGAAUGCUUUCGGAGUAGCCUGCAGGCGCAUUUCGUCACUACACAAAAAAAAAUGAGCAAACUUAUAAAGAGCCUCAGGAACUCCUUAACUGUGAACGCUCUGAACUUUUGUACCCAAGGAAACGUUGAGCCCACAUGCUCAGAAUGUGGCUCAGAUGGUGAGGUUAAUGUCCAGGAAUUUUUCAACAGACUGAAGUCUUUUAUUCAAGAGGGCAUAACCAGACUGAACAACUGAGAAGAAAGGAAGAUCCAGUGGUGACCAAGGACUGAAUUUAGAGAAGACACUACGCUGUGAAGAUGCUAAACAGGGCAAAGUCUCCAUGUUCUAGCCUUCUAAAUAUUUAACUUAUUUAAUAUUUAUUUAGAUAGUGGUGGUGA